CUAGACUGUGUGCAAGCGCUGGAGUUCAAGCUUUCACCCGCCACACGCUUACUGCGAUCGCUGGUGCGCUGAGAUUGGGAGCACUGCAAGCAAGCAAAAAGAAGCAGAUGGCCGCCGAGCGCCGCAGCGGCGCCGCGGCAAGGUGCUGGCAGGCGUGCACGGCCUGGUGCGCACUGCCGGCCGCAUGGGUCGGCGUCGCGGUCCUCGUCGCCGUCGGCUGCCUCCUCGGCUCCUUACAGGUCGCCGUGGCGCUGGUCGUACUGAUCUUCUCCCCGAUUCUGCGACGGUGCAUGCUCGCUCUGGUAAGACACGUCUACCCGACGGAGGCCGGCCGCAUCCACGUCUGGAGUCUGCUGUGGUUGAGAAGGUGGUGGUUGAGAGAUAGGCGCCACGCGCGACCGUUACGAGUAGACUUACGCCCCCAUUGCAACGACGAAGAAAGGUGGGUGGCGUCCGACGCCGAGCCGCGGUGCUCCAUCCACAUUGUCGCUGGUUUACUGGACAACUACAGUUAUAUUCUCGUGGAUAGGACCUCGGAAGAUGUCCUGACGUGUUGUAUUGUGGACCCGGGCGACGCCGACGCCGUCCUCGAGGCCCUAGCUGAAUUGAGAGAGCAGCACUACGACCGCACAAGCACCGGGGUACGCGUCGAGUCCAUCCUCGUCACGCACAAGCACUGGGACCAUCAGGCCGGGGUGAGGAAAUUAGUGAGAGUGGAGCACAUCACCCAGGUCUUCGCCGGUCAAAAUGAACCGGUCAAGGGCGUGACGCACAAACUAAAACCGUACGAGCGGUUUAGUGUAGGCUCGUUGAUUCUGGAAGCCGUACCGAGCCCCUGCCACACGCAGGGCCACACGAUGUUCGCCUUACUUGACUCAAGUGAAGGAAGAGUCGAAGCUUUAUUUUCAGGAGACACCUUAUUUUGUGGCGGGUGCGGCGCGCCCUUCGAAGGGCCUUCAGAGCACGUCGCGUACAACUUCCGGGCCUUGUAUCAUAGAUGUGAUGACGCCACGUUACUUUUCCCGGGCCACGAGUACUCGGAAACGUUACUGUUGGAGUAUUUUGGAGGAGGACAGCCAACACCAGGCACGGCGAGACACUUCUCGGCGCUCUGCGACGCGCUGCAGCGGACGCGCGACCGGCUGGCUCAUUCAUUACCGUCGGUACCCGUCGUGCUCGGGGACGAGGUCAUGUACAACCAGCACUUUUUGAGUUUACACUCUUCGGUUGGUGUGGUGUGCGACGCGUGGCGCGUGUUUAGUAGAGCGGUGUUGCGGCAGGCUUCACAAUACAGUCAGCCGCCGGAGGCGCCGCAGCGCACGGCGUCCACUCUGAGAAGGUUGCUCGAGGGCGUGCAGCAGCCGAUGCUCGAGAGCGGCGCGCCGCCGGCCGCCGACGCGACGCCGGCCGACGCCGACCCUUUGCUCGAGGCGUCCUUCACCGAGGAGGACCACGCUUUGGAAUUGGUGGAUCUCGCGCGGCCGCGGCAACGGCGACCCACACGAGACGUCGUCCGCCACCGCGUGGUCUGUCGGAGGAACUGGAAGCCCGGAGAUAGGGUGCAGUUGCGGGUCUCCGGCGUCGACUUGGAGUGUACGGUGCCGGACGGCGCGAGCCCUGGUCAGGAGUUCGUUGCAAGGGUAGAGAGAGCUCGCCUGCCUUCGCUCAUUGCACUCGAUAGGAGGGAUUUUGAUCCAUCCAUGCAGCGCGUCUGGCGCCGCGAUUUGGAGAGGUUGCAGUCCUUACUCCAAGCACAACGCUACGACCGCGCCGAUACUCUCUCGAGGAAGCUGUUGGGGGACCCUUUGAGGGAUGCGCGGGACUGGUCGCAGACGCCGGGGAGUGCUGCCAAACGUAGAGCCACGACGCACCUCGCGCCGGCGCACUACCAUACGAGCGACGAGCCGCAGGCCGACGCCGCCGCCGCGUUAUUAGACGAGGAGCCCUGGGAUGCCGGUGAUGUGGAUCUGAGAGCGACGGCCCCCUUCGACGACGGGGGCUUCGCCGACGCGUCCAAUCAUCAACGGCGUCCGCUGCCCGUCGCGACGGCCUACGGCGACAUCAUGACCCGGGAGUCCUUCCUCUUCGAUCCCUCGUCUCCCUCAAAUUGGCGCGAGGAACUGCGCGAGGCGUCGCAUCUGCGAGCGGCCUUGGCGUGCCUGGCUUCCCUAAACCACCGCGACGGCGACCCUACUCUUUUCCGGGAUUUGGAGGGUGAGGAGGACGACGCCGAGUGCACGGACGCGGACUUGAGACGGGCAUUGACAACCUUAGGGUCGCGGCCCCUGACGCACGCCCAGGUCACGGAUCUGCUGGCCGUGGCGGCCUUGUGUGGGGCGGCCGACGGCGGCGCGCCCUCGUCGCGGCGCCGCGGCGGCGCGCCCGUGCCCGUGCGCGCGCGGCGCCUCGCUUCCGUGUUGGCGACGGACCGCGGGGUUGAGGUCGCGAAGCCGCGAAGGUUUUGUGGGUGUUGCGCGGUUUGA